AUGGCUGCAUUCCCAGCUCCCGAGCUACGGCUGGGACCCGAGCCACAGCUGGGACCGGGGCCCGAGUCGGAGCGGAACUUGCCGCCGGGCCCGACGCGACCGCCCCCGGUGGCCUGGGCCGUCCGUCCAAAGGGCGUCCACACCAAGCACCUCACCGAGCUGGAGCGCUUCCGCGUCCGAACUCUUUACUAUGAUGCGUGCAUGACCAAGCGCCGCAUCCAAGAGGUCACGGGCUACUCCGAGAGCCAGAUCCGGACUGCUGUGCGCGCAAAGACCUUUCAGAUCGGCAAACGGACCGGCCGUCCGAGAAAGGGAUAUAGGCCGACCACGGCAAAAGACAAAGAGCUCCCAUCACCAUCUGGCCAAGAAUGGGAAGAAGAGGACCAGGACCCAGGUGCUAGUGCCGAGCUCAUCCAGCAGGCCCGCAACUUCUUCGCCCACGAAGAGUCCCUAGUGUCGGUAGACGACAGCGUUAUGGACGACCAAGUGACAGGGAAGCAACCCCACAGCGUCAUUGACCCCCGCAUUAUAGAAGAGCAGCCCCUUGUCAGAACUGGCUUCAACGACCUACCCGAGAAAAUCAGGCUUCGAAUCUGGCAGAACGUUCUCUCCACCUUGCCCGGCCAGACCUCCGUCUCACGCUCCUGGGCACUGGAGGUGAAGAGCGUGUCGCCCUGGAUCGAACUUGGCUUAAUGCCGCCGGGGGUGACCUUCACAAACCCGCCGUGGGGCAUGUACGUCAACGACCGCCACGUCCCUGCGAUGGCUCUCUCUCACGUCAACGGCGAAGCUCGCCAGGCCGUCCUGGAGAGGCUCACCCCUAUCAUGGUGUCGUCGACUCUCAACAACAACCCCGCGGCGAACAUGCCCAAGAUGGUCUGGGUUGACCGAGUGGCCGACCAUGUUCAUUUCUUCGGGCAGCCUACUUUCACGGGCAUGUACGAUAGGGCAGGGAGAGCGGCGUUUCCUGAGCUGUAUGUAUGA